GCCAAAUUCAUUACAUGUUUUCUUCUUGAAGUCUCAGACGGAUGAAAGAGUUUGGUUAAUCUUUGCUCAAAGCUUCAUGUGGAAACCUCUGCUGUGGAGAAACGCUGUGCGGCAUGGCGGUCCCGUUCGUGCAGGACUGGGACGUGGUUCAGACUCUGGGAGAAGGAGCCUACGGAGAAGUGAGGCUGCUGGUAAACAGACAGACGGAGGAAGCUGUAGCUCUGAAGGUGAUCGACACCUCACAGGCCAAAGACUGCAAUGAAAAUGUCAGGAAGGAAGUUUGCAUCCACAAGAUGCUCAGCCAUCCCAACAUUGUUCGUUUUUUUGGCCACCGGAAGGAAGGACCGACGGUCUACCUCUUCCUGGAGUACUGCUCGGGAGGAGAGCUGUUUGACAGAAUCGAGCCCGAUGUGGGGAUGUCGGAGACGGACGCUCACAGGUUUUUCCAGCAGCUGAUAUCGGCGGUGGAAUACCUCCACAGUGUUGGCAUCACCCACAGAGACAUCAAACCAGAAAACAUUUUGCUGAAUGACAAAGAUGACCUGAAGCUGUCAGACUUUGGCCUGGCCACCGUGUUCCGCUUCCGAGGCAACGAGCGUCUCCUGAAUCGACUCUGUGGAACUUUGCCGUACGUGGCUCCAGAGCUUCUCAGCCAGACGGAGUACAAAGCUCAGCCUGCUGAUAUCUGGGCUUGUGGGAUCGUCCUCACUGCCAUGCUGGCCGGAGAGCUGCCGUGGGACCAGCCCACUGAGAGCUGCCAGGAGUAUUCAGACUGGCUUCAGAAGAAAACAUACCUGACUCCUUGGAAGAAAAUACAGCCGAUGCCUCUUAGUUUGUUGUCCAAAUUACUGACAGUGAGCCCAGAUGCACGUAUCUCCAUUGCGGACAUACAGAAAGACCGCUGGUUCACUCACGGUGUGAGGGAUCCUUUGAUCUCAGGGGGGAACAAACCUCUCCGAUCUGAUGUGGGACUCGCAUCCCGCUCCAGCAGUGAUGACAGGAUGCAGUUUUCCAGCUCUCAGCCUGAUCUGGCUGCAGGCGGACUAGAAGCCUUAUUAAUUGCUCAACCCAGGAGUCAGGUUUGCUUCUCACAGCCGACCAAACCGGAGCACAUGUUACUGGGUAGUCAGCUCCUCUGCACGCCAGGAGCCAGCCAGUCACCCUGGCAGAGAUUGGUGCGAAGAAUGACGCGUUUCUUUACCACAGUCAAUGCCGAGGCCUCCUUAUCUUCCCUGAAAGACACUUGUGAAGGCCUGGCACUGGGCUUCAAACUUACCUGCACCAAGCAGGUGACGGUGAGCACGCUGGACAAGCGCAACAACAAGCUCAUCUUCAAAGUUUAUCUGCUGGACAUGAAUCAGCGGGUAAUGCUGGACUUCAGGCUGUCGAAGGGCGAUGGUUUAGAGUUCAAGCGCCUUUUUGUGAAGAUAAAACAGAAGCUGGGCGACAUCGUCAGCACUCAGAAGAUUUUGCUUCCCCUCAGCUGAGCGGCUGCCUCCAACGAACGCGCUCUGCAGCGGACAUUGAAGCGAAGACCUGUACAUUGUAUAUGUUCUGUUCACGGCUGCAUGCAGCUCAUAUUUUUUUGUUGUUUUUACUGUAGUUUGAUGUUUAAGAGGUAAAAACUUGAGUCACGUACUUGUCUUCUUCAUGUGAUCGUUAAAAUUAUGCAGUUGUUCUUUUAGUAAAUGUGUUUUGAUGAAAGACGUUCAACUGAGUCCAUUUUCAACAAAGAGUGUGUGUGUGGGCUGCUCUCACAGGUCAGGUUGUUGUCAAGCACUGUGU